AUGGCUUUGAUAACUUCUUGGAUGAAGUUACUUUUCGUGUUAGUCUUGAUUGGAUUAGCUGAUAAGGCGACUUCUCAGAGUUCAGGAACAAUUUUAACAUGUGAAGAGUGGCAGUGUGCCUUCGGAUUCUGUAUAGAAAGCAUAGACGGAGCCAGCAACGCUACUUGUGACUGUUUAUUGGGAUAUGAAGGAGUUUUUUGCGACACACCUACCAACGAGUGCAGCUCCAAUCCCUGCCUGAACGGAGCAACAUGUGUGGACCGUGUAGCUCAAUACCUGUGCGUCUGUGCACCGGGAUAUGAUGGAACAAACUGUGAAGAAGGUACCUUCUUCAACUUCCCCACUAGCUGGCAACAUUUUUGGGAUGGUGUCAUGUUUUAG